AUGUCGGCGAGGAAACCAAAACCAGCGCCCACCGACCUUUUUCGGCGUCCAGAUGGCCAACCGUAUGAUUUUUGGAUACAAGAUGAUCUUGAGUCAUCUUUGCGACAAUCUAUCGUCGAAUUAGUGAAGAACCAUGGCGGGCGUGUCACAAAGUUUGGAGAGUUCCCUGAAUACGGAUUUCUCCUCAUCGAUCCGACUCAAACACAUCCUCUUUAUGCGAUCAAAUCCACCUUUCACAAACCUGUCGACAUCCCUAUGCGUUUUCGACGAAACAACGCUGCAGUCGCUACUCCUCUCCGACAUGUUCUCAGUUACUCAUUUGUUCAAGAUGCGGUCACGCGUGGUCAUUGGAACCACCGCGACCUUCGGCGUUGGGGGUGGCCACUGACGCUUCCCCCCAUCAUCAAAGGGUCAGAGGCUGCAAAUAUUGCCCAAUAUACGAGAGAGAUUCGACAAGGAAUAGAUGAUCGACUCGAGAGAGGGUGGAUAUGGGCAACCGGUCGUACCUUUGACCGAUUUGACCCACUGGACAAAUUUCCAAAGGAGUUUGAGGAGCUGGAAGAACGACUCAAGGCAGAUGCUCCAAAAGAUAUUGUUCGAAUUCGCAAUCGUGAACGUGGUGAAAUUCUUGCUCGACUUAAACACGAGCAGCAAGUCGGCUUCUUUCUACACGAGUCUAUCCCUCGGGAGAGACAAAAUGAGCUUGUCAAUAUCAUAAUGCGAAACGGUGGACGGACGUGCCACGAUCAAGGCAACGCAGACAUCCUCCUAAUCGACUGUACGGUCAGCGAUAUGCAAAAAGAGGAACGCCUUCGUGACUUGGCCAACGACCUACAUCGUACUAAACAAGCCGGGAAAGCCUAUUCCCCACUCAUCCAUGCUGGAUGGAUCGAUGCCUGCAUCAAGGCAGGUGAUUGGAGAGCAGUAGGUAUUCAAGAAUACGAUAUGAUGGGAGGCUAUAUUCGAGCCAAACGUCAGAAUCGUUUCGGUACGACGGAUAGUGCGACAGACAGAGCCUCUUCUGUCGGAGGUGCGAAUGAAUCAACAUGGAGGAUGGACAGAUCCAGUCGACUGCAGAGAAUCCCUGAGGAUACAAACACCAGCGACCGAACUCUUGCUGGCAGACCGAAGCGAAAGCGACCUGAGGAGGAUGAGGCUGAAGGAGAUGUCGCAAAAAAACAAAAGAUUCACGAAUGGUCAACAAGGGUGCCUGGAUCGUUUAAUAAAGGGAGCCCAAUUCCUCCAGCGGAACCUGGGGAUGCCUCUACAAUAAAGGCAAAGCGGAUCCUUACUGGGGUUUCUGUGCCUAGUUUCGCAUCUUCCCCUCUCAAGCAUCAACAACCCGCAUCACUCCUCACCUAUCACCAGAAUCCAGAUCAAAGGAAAGCUCCAGUGACAGAGUCCUCUCCCGGGACGGCCAGCGAAGCAAACCGUUCAUCAAUUGCCGAAAAGGAGAAUGUCGAGAAACCCACAGAGAGGGCGCCGCGUGUCAGCGCAGCGAGUGGUAUCACAAUCGCUACGAACGAUACUGGAACAGCCUCAAAGGUCCUCAAUACUACCAUUGAGACGACUACAACAAUGUCAAAGAGCGCUCGAUCCGUAGGACCAGCCCCUCCACCAAACGCAAAGCAAAUCCCGCGCCCAUCUACCUCGACAGCCAUCUCAAAUUUCUCUGGCGCAAGCCGAGGUGUAGUCGAUGAACACCCAGUACACGCCACCGAAUCUCAACCCGCCGACGUCGAAUCCGACGACGCCGCUGCUGAGGAGAUUUUGGACCUUUUUGAUCCGCUCGCGGUAAAUCAGCCAGUCAUUGUAUCGGAGACUAGCCUUCCAGCAUAUGACAAAGACAAGCCUUUCGUGCUUAUGAAGGUCACGCAGUUUGAGAAGGAUCUCGUCCUGUACCUGCGGGGCCUCCAUGAGUAUGACGCGGAAGAGGAACUCGAGCACCUCACUCGACUGGUAGAAGGCUGGCCGGCGAUUGCGAAGGAAAAGGAGGAAGAACGUCGAGCGAUACGAAGACGGAAGGGCAAGGGAAGAGUUAGCUUCCAUUCAUCGGUGACGACCAAGGACAUCUCACCUGUGGCAACCACUCAAGGCGAAAUCGAAUCUGAACGCGCAAGGGAGCCCGAAGAAGUGGACGAGCUCAUAGAUGAGGAGGAGGAGGAACCGCCAUUGCAGGUAGUACCCAAACGCGCUGCACUACGACUCAAUCACUCGAGCGUGACACCAGAGUCUCACCGGUCAACCGAGACCGAGGAUGAAGAGUUUCAACCAAGUACCCAGGACGAUGAAGAGAAUGUGGGUACAGGAGGAGGCGAGCGUGAAGAUGGUCAAGAACGUGCCUCCAGUCGCACUCCCAGGGCACCGGUCCCGGCAUCCACACGGGUUACACGUAGCCACGCCACCGUUGCCUCCAUUGAUAUGCUUCCCGAGGCAUCACCUGCAGCUUUCAAAACUCACCCACCCGAACCGAUCCCGGAGUCUACGCAGCAGACGGCUCCUAUGGGUAACGCUUCUAAUCAAAACACCGAGGGUGCGAACAACGAUCAGAACGGAGAUCGAGACGAAGGAGACGAAUUGGAAGAAGAAGUGGAAAGCACUGCACCGCUCCCUGAGUUACCUACACGGAGACUUAGAGCAACACAGAAACGUAGCGCGAGCAUUGCGUCGGAUAGAGCCUCUGUCAACGAACAGUUCAAGCCAAGGAGAGGUCGGAGUGCCAGCGUAGCACCUGCGACGCCUGUCGGGUCUCAGACGAGGCGCAAGGGUGGCCAGGUGGCCAAAGUCAAUGUUGCAAAGCGAGGGAGACGGAAGUAA